GGAGCUGUCACUCUUUAAAGUAGCUGAAAAACCCAAACAAAUAGUAAGGUCAGUGGGAAAUAAGCCUAAUAGACUGAACAUACAUUUUGGUUAAUUUAACGACUCUUUCGUAAAAAGUAGGUUUUGUAAUCCAACGUUCAUUAGCUUGUCUUAAUAAAUCUGUAAAGGUACGUGGACUGCUCACAUGUCCAGUAUCGGCAUAGACCAGUUAAACCAGACCUGGGCAUUGUACGGUCCCCGGGCCACAUACGGCUCUGACCGGCCCGCUUAAGGUUAAUCGGAAAUUACAAAAUAAACAUGUUACCUAAUGCAUGGACUAAAACUGCAUUGCUUUUAGUUUGAAGUUGUUUUUAUUCACGUACGUAAUGACACAUUAAGUAUAUCAAGACGCGCACAUGAUUAGAUCCUUGUCACAAGCAAAUGACAAGACGACUUUACCCCUCAAAAAUGUCUUGUUCUGCUAAAAAAAGAAAGGUAGAUGCCGAAUGCAGGCGUUUCAACAAAAAAUGGACUGCUAAGUACUUAUUUAUUGAAGUCGGAGGUAAAGCCGUGUGUUUAGUUUGCGGGGAGCAGAUCGCUGUGUUUAAGGACUAUAACUUGAGCCGGCAUUACGAGAUGAAACACGCGGAGAAAUACAAAAACUUGACUGAUGCUGAAAGGGCGCGGACAUCGGAAGCUUUGCUAGCUAAGCUGCAAAAGCAGCAAGGCUUUUUUUACCAAGCUUCACGCAUCCAGGGAUGCUGCAACCAAGACCAGUUUUCUGAUAUCCCACAAAAUCGCUAAAAACAAUAAGCCAUUCUCGGAGGGGGAAUUUGUCAAAGAGUGUUUGGUGGACUCUGCAGCACUAAUAUGCCCUGACAAAAAAGGAGCAUUUGAACAAUUGAAGUCCCGCCGUCCAGGCGAACCGUGACGAGUAGGAUCGAGGAAAUUGCGGGGAAUUUGGAGCUUCAGCUGCAACGCGAAGUGAUGGGGGAGAUGUCUGCAGACGCCGUCACCCUGGAUCUGCUGAGAGAAGCCAGCGAGACAGUGAGAAGCAGCCCACUGGGUGUCAUCAACACUCCCAUGAUCCCCUGGUGCCAGACAACCCUGCCUCUCAACAUCCACUGCAACAUCCACAUCAAACUGGAGAACAUGCAGAGAACUGGGUCGUUUAAGAUCAGAGGAGUGGCCAAUCAGUUUGCCAGGAGACCGAAGGGUGGUCAUUUUGUCACCAUGUCUGCUGGGAACUAUGGGAAGUCUUUUGCAUACGCCUCAAAACACUAUGGGUCAAAGGGCAAGGUGGUGAUGCCGGAAACUGCCCCUGCGUCCAGAUCCAUCCUCAUACAGAGUUUCGGGGUUGAGGUGGAGCGAGCUCCCACCUCCAGUCUGAUGAAUGUGGUGAACCGCUGCGUUCGGGAGGACAACAUGACCUUCCUGCACCCCUACGAUGACCUGGAUCUAAUAGCAGGACACGCCAGUCUAGGUAUGGAGGUGCUGGAGGUGAUGCCCGAGCCCGAUGUGGUGGUGGUGUGCUGUGGUGGAGGGGGGCUGCUGGCCGGUGUAGCUGCUGCCAUCAAACUGUCAGGCUGUGAGAAGACCAGAAUCUACGGCGUGGAACCGGAAGGAGCCUGCACCAUGUACAAAAGUUUGAUUGAGAAGAAGCCAGUGGGCAUGGACAGCAAGAGCAUCGCCUCGGGACUUGCGCCGCCUUUUGCAGGCACACUGCCCUUCGAGUUGUGUCUGCGUUACGUGGAGGGGGUCGUCCUUAUAAACGAUGAAGAGAUCAAGGCAGCAGUGUCCACCCUCUACAGGUCCGGACUCGUGGUGGAGCCGUCGGGCUCCGCCGCGUUCGCUGCCAUCGUUAACGACAAGAUACCUGAGCUGGAGGAGAAGAACGUGGUGUGCAUCCUCAGCGGGGGGAACGUCAGAAAAGACGAGCUCGCUAACUUCCCAGACUGACAGAUGUACUAUAAUGUGACUUUUUCUCACAAGUCUUAGAAGAAGAGGAAAUACUAUUCAGGUCUUCAUAUUUGGAAGAACAAAAUACUUUCAGUGCCAUUUUGUGUGUAAAUGUCGUCAGUCUAACUACAUAAGGCAGUGAGUUUCUGUUGUAAGAGAAUAUUUGUUUAGGAAGUGGAGAUGAAUCACGAUGAAAUGAGUUUAUCUAUGAACCAUAGUAUGAAUUUUUACUAAUUUUCUGUAACCAACCACUCUUGUUAAGCAUUUACAGCGCUGUAAUUUCAAGCAGAUUGAUAUACAUUUCAAUGUAAUUCUUUCUCCAGUGUAUGCAACUGCAGCCUGUUUUAAUAAACACCAAAUCCUGUCA